AUGUAGAACACGCGCUGAAGGCAGGAAAUUUUUUUGCGGCGGCACUAUUUGAAACCCACACGGACUUACCAAAUGUUCAAUUUAGGUAAAUCAUGCCGACUGGAUUUUUUGUCAAUCCAGAAAAUCAUGUUCCUUACCUCGAAGAAAUGAAACAGACAUACGCCAAGAAGCAUGGUUCUGUCUUAGACAAGGUAUCAGUGCUGCAGCCUGGAACCCUGCUGCGACUUAUAAUUGGGGCAAAUGCUUCUCAGCAGAUACACGAUACUCCACUGUAUUCGGCGUUGCUUAGCGCAGUGCGUACCAUUAAGGAGAAGCAUAGAGUGCUCAAACCAGAACGAAUUGCGCAGCGAUGUUUCCCAAAAUUUGUCGAUGAGGGAAUGACAAACAUAGAAUCCUAUGCUCUCAAAGAGCCAUCACUUGUUUCUUUUCUAAAUGGUGUUCUGAAUUUUGUUGUCCCCAAGGACUUGCUUUCCUCCCAGCAGCGGACUAUCUUGACUGAAUUCAUCGCCCAACGUCUCAUGAUAUGGCAUUCUGGUACAAAAUUUCUUGCGUCCAAUGAGACGUACCCUGUGCUUGAAUACGCGGUUCUUGAAAAAGAAGUCAAAAGAAAUCUGGACAAGAUCUGGGCACUCUGCAACAAUGACAAAUUUCUUGCGGAGGAGAUGUUGGAAGGCAUUUCCGCUGGUUUCACCCAUUUCCUAGCUCUUUACGCCUUGCACACUUUGAGAAAUCAGACGAAAGUCGGUCUGAAUGGUGAUCGAGCAAGCUUCUACUCUUUGCCGAUCUACAAUAAAAUAAAGGAGAAACUGCAGACGAUAGAACACGCAAAUACGUCCACAUUCAGUCAGUGUUCUAGCUUGACAGGGGACCAAACUGGUCAGAGCGAGGCCGAUCUGUCAAAGCUGACCCAUCCUGAAAUACGACAGGACGAAAAUGUGAUGACCAGCGCACAAGUAAACAGUACUUCCGUUGCAGCUGGAAGUAUACCACAGAAUGAUUCGCUCAGUGCUCAGAAUGGGACAAAAGAUGCUGAAUUACCUAGAGACAAUGCUACAAUACGGAGUGGUAGCAUAGUUGAGGAAGUGAAUCCUCUUCCGCUGAAACGAAUCAAACUAGAACCUGGUGUUGUCACAAGUCCUCCACUGAAGAUGUUUCCAAGAGAUCGACCACCGGAUGAUAUUCCUGUAUAUGACUACACCAAAGUCAAACGUGAGAAGUUUGAUGUGAAGAGUAGGAUGGAAACUGAAUCUCGCAUUUCCAACAGUACAUCAUCUAACCAUGUGUCUGGCUCAGGAUCAGCCCAUGUAGAUGAAUGGGAUGAAGUUUUGCGAUGUAUUAAUGCUGAUCCAGCAGUUCCGACACAGUAUAAAGUCAUGUUUAGAUGCCUUGUGAUGAGCAAUCGUGAUUUACGGGACCAUAACAAAAUUUUGCGAUCUCAACUUGAAAAGAGCUGAUUUACUCUCUAAACAUAAGCCUUUGUUGUUUUAGUUCUGCAUUGUUGUCACUACGUUUUCUUGGUUGUUGAAGUCCUCUUGCUACAGCUUUGUUACCGAAUGUUGUGAUGAUUUUUUGACGGAAAUUUUGUUCUGUACAGACU